GCAACAAUGACGAAAACUAUUGAUUUUGUUGCGGACUUAAAUGAAAGAUAUGCAGCAUUGGAACUAGACUUGGACGAAAAACUAAAAAAUAUCGUGCAACCAAAACUAAAGCACCAUGAAGGUGGAUCAGAAUUCCCUAAUGAAGAUCGUAGUCAAUCAUCGACAGUAUAUCAUAUCCCGAAAGCAACACAACCGCGGAACCACAAUUUAAUAAAGUCUCUGGAAAUAUCAAAAGCACGACUUCGAUCACGUGCAACUUUCAGCCCGUUGGAAACAAUUUUGCAAAAAGCGAUUGAAAACUAUCUAAAAGAAUCUGCACUGAUUCCUUCCAACACCAUAAAAGCUUACGGCCCUACAUACUAG